AUGGAGCCAUCAAGCUCUCCACCCGUUGCAGACAUGGUAACACCGCUAUCCGAUUUUCAAAAGAUAGGUCACAACACAUAUCUCUGGACAUCAUCAUCAUACCUAUCCCAACUCGCAGAGCAAACUCCACUCAUCCUACUCUUCACUUGGAACGCUGCGGCCGCAAAGCACAUCGCCAAAUACACACUUGCCUACCAGAAGCUUUUCCCAACAUCCCGCAUCCUGCUGGUACGAUGCUUCACCCCAGACAUGUUCCGCCGUACCUCGUCCUACGCCACUUUGCUCGAGCCAACAACAGAUCUUGUAGCCGAACAUACCGCUUCAGGAGGACGCAUCCUUGUCCAUAGUUUCUCAAACGGCGGCGGGAAUCAAGUCAAUGAAUUUGCAAAAGCAUGGAAGAAGAAGUAUGGAACAGUGCUACCAAUGCAAGCACAGAUUCUCGAUUCCAGUCCGACCAAAGGCCCGUGGAUGCAGAGCCAUGCAGCCAUUUCCGCGUCCCUUCCCAGAAACACGUUUUGGGGUUGGUUUGGUGGGGCGCUGGUUCAUCUUCUCCUUGUCCUCACAUUUAUUGCAGACAAGACUACGGGAAGGGAGAAUAUGAUGGUAGUUCUCUGCCGAGAACUGAACGAUGAAUCGGUGUUUGAUACCAAUGUACCGCGUCUGUAUUUGUAUAGUCGUUCGGAUACGAUGGUUCGGUUUGAGGAGGCAGAUGAGCACGCUGAUCUUGCCAAGGCAAAGGGAUGGGAUGUGACAAAGGUGCAGUUUGAGAAAAGUCCGCACUGUGGUCAUAUCAGGGAGGACGAGAACAAAUAUUGGGCAGCGGUUAUGGAAGCUUGGAAGAAGGGGCCGAAGAGUGGUAACAUGUCUACUUGA